AACACCCCAAAGACCUCAGCCAGCUGCAGCCCGGCCCCAGAGUCCCCCCUCAGCUCAGCCGAGGAGUCGGUGAAGAGCCUGGGGGAGCAGGGGGGAGGAGGAGGGGGAUGUGGAGGAGGAUCGUCCCAGGUCCCCCCCAGGGAGCCCAGCGAGCCCUCUGAGUCCCAGCCCGGCACGCCACUGCCCGUCCCCGGCCACUCAGGUCUCAGCAUCCAGGAGAUGGUGGCCAUGUCCCCGGAGCUGGACACCUACAUCAUCACCAAGAAGGUCAAGGAGGUGCUAACCGACAACAACCUCGGUGAGUUGUAGUGGCGUUAUCAUACCACUCUGGUCUUGUCUUUCAACAGUCACUUCUUCAAGUCUUCCUUUCCAAUUGACCAGCACAACAAAGCAUUCAGUUCCCCCCUUCUUCCCCGAGGUGUGCAACUGGCCUUAUUCACUUCGUCCAGUACUAAUGUGUAUAUCACCCACCUGGGUUAUUCCACGGCAGCCAUUUUGUGCCAGAGCAUUCACCAGUGACCACACAUGAGCUAUCGCAGUGGAGAGGUGAGGAGCGAUUGUUACAUUGUGCCAAUGCUACUGUGUACUGCUUACCAAGCAGCACAAACUCCCAACAAGCUUUUCUCUCCUCCCAAUGAUAAUAAUUAGUUUCAAUUAUAAAAAUAAAAAUAAACUGUCUGAGAGUUGCAACACUUCAAACGAAUAAUGUUGUGCCGGGUUCGGUGCAUGUGUCAUCAUUGUACACAUUAUCUCCGCUCCAGAACGGGGAAAUGCUCUUUACCCCACCAGCGUCACACAGGGCUGCCAAGGCUGAAAGAAUUAGCCAGUUGCCAUGUUCCACAAGCUGGCCAGCUAGCUCAUUAGUCGUUCCCUCAGCUAAAAUUAACCAGCCCUACUAUCAACUCACACAACAAAGGAACAGAGAGCACAGUUUACACACUGUCCUGGGAGGACCCAAAGCUGGAGCUAGCUCCUAUCACAGCCAGUGUAUUGGCACAAUUGGGAUGUGGUCGUGCUUCAAGACAAAGUGUUUCCUGGUUAGCCUCUGAGCCGGUUGGAUAACUUGGGUCACUUAUCUGUUGAACAUUGAGUUACAGUAUGGUGGAUACUAUCAGAUACUAGCCAGAUUAAUAUUGGGACAAAGCCUGGUUGUCAUAGGGCUGCGCUCCACCUCAUUCCCAGACCUCUCAAUUAGCCCCACAGAGAAGACCUCCCUCCAUCUCAGUUCCCUAGACCUGGCCACAGCUCACCACCUCCUCCUCUCCCCUGUCAGGACAGUGAGGCGGCCAGGGCCAAUGAUGGAUGGUGUCAUUUAGCAGCUCCCUUCAGCCAAACUCCCAUCUCUGUCAACUACUGUAGCCCAUGCCUUAAUGUAGCACUGCACCCUCUUGGCUAGGUUGUUGUAAAAUACAAUGUUUUCACUUCCUCACCUGAAUAUUUAAAGGUAAUGCAAAUAGUAAUGUGUAUAGUCUAGUAGCCUAGUCACUCUUCUACCUGAUAUAGCUCACUUCUUGAUAUCGGUAAGGCAACCAAAAAUGUAGUUAUCCAUUUUGGUGUGGCACUCAAUUGGGUGAUUUACGAGUAUGAUUUAUUUGCUUUGUAAUUCACACAUUUUGAGAUUCGCCCCAACACAAAUGACGCACACAGCCAAAUCAGAUUUUUUUAUAGGGCUCGAAGUGGUGCGUGCAAAUGUGGCCAAUCAGUGUGAUUUGUUUCGCACACAUUUUAGGAAAUAUGUGCACAAAGGAUGCCUCUCAUUGAACAUGUUUACGCUUGCUGCUUGUACCCAAAUCUAAUAUUUUUCAGUGGGACAUUAUAUUAGCUGGUGGUCCAUAAUGUAUUUUCUUAGGUGCUUUGAUUUAUGGCAAUGGAAUUGUGUGAUUUGAUUUAGACCUUAAUUGUUCAUUAAGAAUAGAUGAACAAGUUCACCCUUGUACUUUACUUUCAUACACAGACUGAGAUCCACAGGGCUACUGUGUGCAUCACUGCAUCCAAUUGCGAUAAGAACAGGGCUUGAGAUGUGUGUGUCUGUGUGUAAUGUUUGUGUGUGUGUACUAUAAGAGAGAAUGUGUGUGUUCAGCGCAAAACAAAGCCCUGUCGGAGUCAGUGAGAGAAGGAAACGGUAAAGCAGCCCUUCCAUCUCAGUGCAACACACACGCACAUACCCCAAGAGAUUCUCUCAGCAGGACUGGCGUCACCUGUUCUCUGUCUCCCAGCCCCAUGCUGUCUACUCAUCCACUUCUCUUCUCUUUAGAGGAACUGCUCCCAAAUCCCAGCGCCUUUCAGUAGCGCUUCACAUCUCUGCCUCUCUCUCUCACCGCCACUCUGCCUGCCUGCGUUUGUUCAGCUGCCCCAACGCUCAGCUCCCCGGCAUGAAACACUGUGAGAAGCACAGUGAAGAGCAACACCACCCUCCCUCCUUGCUGCCAAAGGCAUAUUUGAGGGGUCCCCUGGGACAUAGUGUGGGGAAAUGUAGCUCCGCAGCGCUCUGUGUGAGAGCUCGCCAGCUUUGAAGCCUUUCAAGAACCCGAUGUUCUGCUGUGGUGAAUGUUUAUGCUGCGAACAGAGAGAGAGACCUCGGUUGUUGUUUUGUAUUUAUUUAUGUGAAUCCAGACCUUUUUUAAUGCCUUUAAAACAACUCAGGCACUCAAACGCCAGUCAAAUACUAUUUAAACUCUCUUCUCUGAUUGAAGUCAGCCACAGUUGCAGCAGACAAAACGCUGCCAACUUCUGAUGGCAAGUUUUCAAUGCCACCCUGCCCUGUACCUUGGAAACUUAAAGGACGUGUAACUUCAAGUUUAUUCCAAUAGCAAGCAAAGUGAAAAAAAGGUGAAUAAAAUGUUGAAUGUUGACACUACAGUCGCGGUCAAAGGUUUGGGAAUGACACAAGUAUUAGUCUUCACAAAGUUCGCUGCUUCAGUGUUAUGAGAUAUUUUUGUCAGAUGUUACUAUGGUAUACUGAAGUAUAAUUACAAGCAUUCCAUAAGUGUCAGGCUUUUAUUGACAAUUACAUGAAGUUUAUGCAAAGAGUCAAUAUUUGCAGUGUUGACCCUUCUUUUUCAAGACCUCUGCAAUCCGCCCUGGCAUGCUGUCAAUUAACUUCUGGGCCACAUCCUGACUGAUGGCAGCCCAUUCUUGCAUAAUCAAUGCUUGGAGUUUGUCAGAAUUUGUGGGUUUUUGUUUGUCCACCUGCCUCUUGAGGAUCGACCACAAGUUCUCAAUGGGAUUAAGGUCUGGGGAGUUUCUUGGCCAUGGACCCAAAAUUUCGAUGUUUUGUUACCCGAGCCACUUAGUUAUCACUUUUUCCUUAUGGCAAGGUGCUCCAUCAUGCUGGAAAAGGCAUUGGUCGUCACCAAACUGUUCUUGGAUGGUUGGGAGAAGUUGCUCUCGGAGGAUGUGUUGGUACCAUUCUUUAUUCAUGGCUGUGUUCUUAGGCAAAAUUGUGAGUGAGCCACUCCCUUGGCUGAGAAGCAACCCCACAAUGGUCUCAGGAUGCUUUACUCUUGGCAUGACACAGGACUGAUGGUAGCGCUCACCUUGUCUUCUCCGGACAAGCUUUUUUCCGGAUGCCCCAAACAAUCGGAAAGGGGAUUCAUCAGAGAAAAUGACUUUACCCCAGUCCUCAGCAGUCCAAUCCCUGUACCUUUUGCAGAAUAUCAGUCUGUCCCUGAUGUUUUUCCUGGAGAGAAGUGGCUUCUUUGCUGCCCUUCUUGACACCAGGCCAUCCUCCAAAAGUCUUCGCCUCACUGUGCGUGCAGAUGCACUCACACCUGCCUGCUGCCAUUCCUGAGCAAGCUCUGCACUGGUGGUGCCCCGAUCCCGCAGCUGAAUCAACUUUAGGAGACGGUCCUGGCGCUUGCUGGACUUUCUUGGGCGCCCUGACGCCUUCUUCACAACAAUUGAACCUCUCUCCUUGAAGUUCUUGAUGAUCCGAUAAAUGGUUGAUUUAGGUGCAAUCUUACUAGCAGCAAUAUCCUUGCCUUUGAAGCCCUUUUUGUGCAAAGCAAUGAUGACGGCACGUGUUUCCUUGCAGGUAACCAUGGUUAACAGAGGAAGAACAAUGAUUUCAAGCACCACCCUCCUUUUAAAGCUUCCAGUCUGUUAUUCUAACUCAAUCAGCAUGACAGAGUGAUCUCCAGCCUUGUCCUCGUCAACACUCUCACCUGUGUUAACGAGAGAAUCACUGACAUGAUGUCAGCUGGUCCUUUUGUGGCAGGGUUGAAAUGCAGUGGAAAUGUUUUUUGGGGGAUUAAGUUCAUUUUCAUGGCAAAGAGGGACUUUGCAAUUAAUUAAUCCUUCUACCCCCCCCCCCCCCAUUAUUUAAUUUUUUAAAAAGUGGUUGUCCCACUCGCUAUCAUAAGUUGAAUGCACCAAUUUGUAAGUCGCUCUGGAUAAGAGCGUCUGCUAAAUUAUGUAAAUGUAAUUGCAAUUCAUCUGAUCACUCUUCAUGACAUUCUGGAGUAUAUGACAUUCUGGUCCCCUGUAGCUCAGUUGGUAGAGCAUGGUGCUUGCAACGCCAGGGUUGUGGGUUCGUUUCCCACGGGGGGCCAGUAUGAAAAUGUAUGCACUCACUAACUGUAAGUCGCUCUGGAUAAGAGCGUCUGCUAAAUGACUAAAAUGUAAAUGUAUGCAAAUUGCCAUCAUCAAAACUGAGGCAGCAGACUUUGUGAAAAUUAGUAUUUGUGUCAUUCUCAAAACUUUUGACCAUGACUGUAGCUCCCCAGCUAACAAUUCUAGGGAGAGAUAACGUUUUUAUAAUGUUACCCUAAUGUUUGAGUGUCCAGUUUUCUGUUAGUUAGGGGAGCAUUCUAUCUAUCUAUGUUAGCAAAAACCUUCAGAUAACCUUUUUAACGUGUUUUGGUGUUAAAGUUAGGAGAACAUUCCCUUAAAGUCAAGCAGAACUUAUCUACACUGAACAAAAAUAUGAACGCAACAUGUAAAGUGUUGGUCCCAUGUUUCAUGAGCUGAAAUAAACAAUCCCAGAAAUGUUGUUUACAUCCCUGUUAGUGAGCAUUUCUCCUUUGCCAAGAUAAUCCAUCCACCUGACAGGUGUGGCAUAUCAAGAAUCUGAUUAAACAGCAUGAUCUUUACACAGGUGCACCUUGUGCUGGGGACAAUAAAAGGCCACUUUAAAACGUGCAGUUUUGUCACACAACACAUAAAGCCCUUUAGUGGGGAAAAACUCAUUCUGAUUGGCUGGGCCUGGCUCCGCAGUGGGUGGGCCUGGCUGCCAAGAGGGUGGGCCUGUGCCCUCCAAGGCCCACCCAUGGCUUCACCCGUGCCCAGUCAUGUGAAUUCCAUAGAUUAGGGCCUAAUGAAAUUAUUUCAAUCGACUGAUUUCCUUAUAUGAGCUGUUACUCAGUAAAAUCGUUGAAAUUGCUGCAUGUUGCAUUUAUAUUUUUUGUUCAGUAUAGAACGUGGUUACAAUGUUCUCAGAAUACGAUAUGACAUUAAAAUAUAUUGCUAAGAAUGUGAGAGUAGGGUGACUACCCUAGUAGGUAUCGAACCCAGGCCACCAGCACCAGUGACGAACACCCUAACCACUGUCCCAAUAAGGGACAUCUCAAGGACACUUGAGGGCCAGUAUACUUAUAUCUCAAGGACACUUAUUGGGCCAGUAUAUUUAGGCUCUUUCCAGAAGAAACCCUAAAUCCUCCUCCCUAGGCACUUGUGUAGAUCUGAAACAACUUGAUAGGUGUAAGCAAUAGGGUGAAUGCACUUUAAUGUAAAUCUCAGCUCUGUUAAAAGUACACUCAAGAAAAUAUUUUAUUGAUCAUAGUGAUUUAGCAGUGUAAUUAAAACAGGUUAAUAUGCCCCACCAACCUUAGACAACUAUACAGAAAGUCCUUCAAUUGCUGAAAUAGGCUAAUAAAAUCAAUGAUGAGAAGAGUCAUAUGAACUUAUACAUGAUACGGACAUGGUGGCAUAGCAGGAAGAUCGGAGUACCGUGAACCAAGAGGUUGUGAGUUAAAAUCCCAGGUGAGGACAUGUUGAAUAAUAAUUACUGUAUGAAUGAACAUGCACAAUGUAAUCAUGUAUGUCAAAUAUGUAAGUUGAAAACACUAUGUUAAAAGCACUGUGUGUGUGAGUAUCCCUAACCUUGCUAACAGACAAAGCGCUAUGAAUGGAUCAGUGGUUCUCAGGGCCUUGAUUGGCUCGGCAACAGUAAUGUGGUGUGUAAUAAAUGUUUCUUUGGACACAUAAAUGUUCUUGCAACGUUCCCAUGAAACGUGUCUAAAACAUUAAUAUAUUAUGUUCUGAGAACAUGGCAAACCUAUUCUCUGUAUGUUUGGUGGGACGUUAAUGGAAUAUUCUCCUAACCCUCAGAAAACGGGACACAUGAAUGUUCUUGCAACGUUCCCAUGAAACAUGUCUAGAACAUUAAUAUCACAUUUUAUAAACAUGGAAACCGUGUUCUGUGUAUGUUUGGUGGGACGUUGAUGGAAUAUUCUCCUAACCCACAGAAAACUGGACACAAUAAUGUUCUUGCAACAUUCCCAUGAAACGUGUCUAGAACAUUAAUAUCCUAAGUUCUGAGAACAUGUUAACCACGUUCUGGGUAAGUUCUAUUUGACAUUAAGGGAAUGGUCUCUUGGAAACAUUCCUUGCACAUCACAGGAGCGUUCCUAUGAAAUCGUUAGUUAAUGACCUAAUGAGACUACAGUUUUGGGAACAUUUGUUGUUAACUGGGUCAUGCCCUAAUUCUCAUCCUUUUUAUAAAGGAUUUCAGGCACUGUUUAAGUGCUCUUCUUCCGAAUAUUGCUCUAUCCAUACUUCAGGUGACGUGGUCUAAUGAUUCUAGUUGCCUUUCAGUUGAAUGCAUUCAGUUGUACAAUUGACUAGGUAUCCCCCUUUCCCUUUCUAGUGACUACCCUCUCUGUCCUUCUCUGAGUUGUGGAUCUAACCCCCUUCUCUCUCUCUUUCUCUCUCUGAUCCCCCCAGGUCAGCGUCUGUUUGGGGAAACCAUCCUGGGUCUGACCCAGGGCUCGGUGUCUGACCUGCUGGCGAGGCCCAAGCCCUGGCACAAACUCAGCCUGAAGGGACGCGAGCCCUUCGUCCGCAUGCAGCUCUGGCUCCAGGACCCACUCAACGUGGAGAAACUCAUGGACAUGAAACGCAUGGAGAAGAAAGGUAAUCCUUUUUUCCUUUCCAUCCCUCUUUCCUCCCUCUCUGUUUCUUUUUAGUGUUCUUCUUUACCUCCCUCCCUACCUCACCUCUGUAACAAGUUCUAAAUCGCCCCCCCUAGCCUAGCCAUUACCCUUUUAUACAUCUGAAAAUAAAAUGGUUAAAGCCAAAGGACAGUAUGGCAUUUUCCCCGCUAUGCGCUCUGAUAGGCUAGGCAGAAUUUGUGCCACAUUGUCCUUGGAUGGGACUUGGAGUUAGGCAUGAGUGUGUCCUUUAUGUCCUUGCUUUCAAGACAGAGAAUAGGAUAGAGAGAACAGUUUUUUUGCACACUGAUGUAGCUACAAGCUACUAGCUAGCUACCUCCAUAGGCCAUGUCUUUACCCACAAACAUCUGUCCCUGCACCCCUCCCUGGGAGUGUACCAUCCCCUCAAGGCCGCCAGGCAACCCUCCUAAACACUCUGUGGCGCUUGAAGUAGAGAGAAUAAAGUAAAACAAGAUGGAUGGAGAGAACGAGAUGGAGUGAGAGGAUGAGCUAGCGAACAAGGGAGAGGGACGGAGAGGAAGAAAGAGCAUGAGGGGGGCAUUUCUGAUUGCUCUUUUUCCUCCUCUAAUAGCCCAGAUGUGUCCCCGGGCUGCCGAGUCAAACCGCACAUGCCCAGUGCUCCUGGUUAAAUAGAAAAGGAGGUGGAGACUUGUGUGUGUCGGAGGGGUGGGGGAUAUGUGUUUCUCGGCGCUGUCGAGAUCAAUCUGGGCACGAGACGUCAACGCUGUCAUCAGACAUGACGGGCCCCAGUCUCUCCGGGGCCUUCUUAUUCAAAGUCCAAUGCACUCAUCAGAGCCCUCUUUUCUCCCCUUCCCUCUCUCCACUCCUCCUCCCCCUCCCUCUCUCCGUAAGCAAAGGGAACAUUCUUGGAGUGAUUAGGCCAUUAACACUUCUCCCGGGGUAAAAGUUCCAUAUACUGGUCCUUCUUUGGGGCUGGGGCUGACGCUAGGCUAGUUAUGAGUCAAAGCCCAGUCUGACGAAGUGUGUGGGGUAGCGUUACCGUAGCGAAGCACGGAGGCUAACUGCAGGGAGACUCCUCAUUUGCCAGCUAACGCUAGGGCCUGGAUGUUAUUUUCCCUGCCUAACCCCCCGAUCAGGCGACAGAGACUUCUGCUCAUAACACAGCUAGGACUACUGGGUUUUGCACUCUGUAUGCAUGAUGAUAAUGAUGUGUGUUUUAUAUAGUGCUUUUUGUUAGGUCUAAAAGCACUUAAAAUUGUAUGGUCAAAUGUGGUCAAAUGAUAGGGCAGCUGAUAUGGAUGGCUAUUAAGGCUUAAUGGAAGCUCUGUUUCCCCUUAACAGAUUAUCUUGGAUAAGCUUAACACUAACCCAGUCCUCUCCUCACUAUAACCAUUUUGGAGUUUUAAAAAAAGCAAGGCGGAGCUAUCAGCACUUAAGUAAAAAUCGUCAUACAUCUCAAGCUAAAGGGUAACAGGCUAGCCAUUACCCAUUAGCAUGUUGAAGCUUGCAUCUUAAAUGUACAGUCAGGGAGCCUAUUGUUUAGAUUAUCAACAAAAGGUAUCCCAUUGUAACGUUCAAGUGUUGCUGCUAUAUAUAUAUGAAGACAUAGCAUAAAUCCUGUUUCUAUUUUGGUGCAUAAUGUGACUUACCUGUUACUUCCAUGUCACACAUGCCAUGUGAACAUGUUUAAACGUAUCAAGCAGGUCUCAAGAGGAGUCGAACAGUCAAUUUCCUAUCAAUUUUUCUACAUGGUAACCUUACCACGCAUGUUGUGUGAGGGAAUGUGUCUCCUGAGUAUUUGUGGUAAUACUGCCCCCUGGUGGCAAUGUUUCUUUGAUUUUGUGGCUUUUGUAUUAGUGUAUUUAGCUAUGGCGUCUACCUGUGAGCCUUAUAAAAGAUCACAUCCACAUUUGUUGAAUGCUGUGGUAUUUCAGUUGCUGCGGACAGAUAUCAUGUUAUCAUGUUGCUUGUAUGAAUUUAAAGCGGAAUUGAAAAGAGGACAUCUUUUCAUUGUUAACUCUGUGUGCAGCCCUGUCAGGCAAGUCUACAUGGAGUUUACAUGGCAUCCUCAUACUAUAGUUAACCCUUCCAUCUCUCUCUGUAGAGGGCUCAUACAUUUUCAACCCUUUGCCCUCCUGUCUCUCCCCGCCAGCGUACAUGAAGCGGCGUCACAGCUCUGUGAGCGAGAGCCAGGCGGCGGACAGUGGGGGCCUGUCAGGGGGAGACUUCAGCCAGGGGGGCAGCCCCCAGCACGGCCUCGGCCACCACCUGCACCAGCAGCAGCCUCCCCAGCAGCAUCUGAAGAAGGCCCGUGUGGUGCUGGCCCCCGAGGAGAAGGAGGCCCUGAAGAGGGCCUACCAGCAGAAGCCCUACCCCUCGCCCAAGACCAUCGAGGAGCUGGCCUCACAGCUCAACCUCAAGACCAGCACCGUCAUCAACUGGUUCCACAACUAUAGGUGGGUGGAGAGAAGCAGCGGGAGAAGGCUGGGAAUUGAUGCAGACCUGGGUCUAAAUAGUUUAUUUUAUUUUAUUCCAAAUACUUAAGACAUGCUUGCUUUUUGCUGUGUUGAUGUGAGAGACUCCCAGCUUUGUCUGUGUCUGACUGAGGGAUGUUGGGGUUCCUCUGCUCUCUUUCUCUCUGACCUCCAGGUCUCGUAUCCGACGGGAGCUUUUCAUCGAGGAGAUCCAGCGAGGCGAGGGAGGUGAGGGCGGCUCCCCGUCCACCAGGGCGGGCAAGGCCAGCGAGGGCGACAGCUGUGACGGUACCGAGUCAGAUGGCACGGUGGAGGGCACACGCCCCGGCCACGAGCACCACCCGGCCUCGGAAGGCGAGGGGGGGUCCGACCACAGAGACGAGGGCACCACCUCAGCCACCGGCAGCAACGCUGCAGGUACCAGCGGCCACCACAAGGGUGGCGCCCUGGACAGCCUGUUCAGCUUCCCCGAGAGCACCCAUGUUUCCUCUGCGUCUGUGGCCGCCACCACCGCUGCCCGCAACCCCCGCGACAGCAGCCUGCGCAAGAAGAAAGCCGCCAACCUCAAUAAUAUCAUCCACCGCCUGGAGAAGGCCGCCGGCAAAGACGAGCCCCAUGAGUGGGAGUUC